GAGUGGGAAUGCCUGGACUCCGCUCAGCGGACUUUGUAUAAAGAUGUCAUGUUGGAGAUCUACAGCAUCCUGGUCUCUGUGGUCCUGUUUUGCUUUCAUAACAAGGAACUGUUCAAAAUACAGAACAAACAAGCAUCUGUCCAGAGAGAAGGACCAGGACGAUUUGGAAGUAACAGUCUGAGAAAUUUACACGUAAAUCUACCUGAUGACAGGGACUGCAAUGUAGAUCAACAUAAGACUCUGUAUGUGAAUCCAGUAGGACGUGGAAGACGUCAUCGGAUGGGUAUUUCUGAAUACCGCCAAGGAUGUCAUGAAGAUAAUAAAGGCCUUACUACAGACUUUGCCCUGCAUAAUAACCACAACAAUCAGUUUACAGAGAUUGCUUAUCAAGGUAAUGACUCCUGGAAUACCUAUAAACAAAAUGUAGCUGGUAGUGAUGGUCAGAUAAAUAAUUGUUUUCUGGAGAAUUGUUUUAAUAAUGAUAGAUGUAGGGAUGUCUCUGAUCAGUGCACACAACCACCUUUGUACAAGCAGGACUAUAGCCAAGAGAAGCUGUCUACAAGCCAUCAGCAGGAUAAAGUUUUAAAUGAGUCCUCAAUUUGUAGUCAUCGUACUGAAAUUAAGGCUAAAGGAAAAUUUAACAGACAGAAAUAUGAUAAGUACAGCAAUAUUUCUAUUGACUCAUCUGGCAUUGAUAGGGAUAAGAUAAAUGAUAUUCAAAGAAAACCAUGCCUGUUUAUGGAAAGUGAUAAACCCUUCAAUAUCUAUUUAAAUAUGACUCAAAAUGAUUCAAGCCACACUAGAGAGAAACUUCAGAAAUAUGAAGUAUAUAGACUGGAGUUUACCCCUCCAAAAUUUGUUGGGCAUCCAAGAUCAUUUGUUCAACAAAAAUAUAGGAAAUCUAGGAAAUGCUCCACAAGUUCCUCAGGCCUCACUAGACUUAAGAUGCUUCCAACUGGAGAGGCAUCAUGCAAAUUUACAGAAUGUGGAAAGUCCUUUGCUCAGUUCUCAGGCCUCAGAGAGAAUUAUAUAAUCCAUACUGGAGAAAAACCUUAUAAAUGUAAAAUAUGUAAAAGGUCUUUUACCACAGGUUCAUAUCUGCAAGCUCAUCAAAGAAUCCACACUGGCGAGAAACCAUACAAAUGCAAAGAAUGUGGCAAGUCCUUUACUCAUGGCUAUUCUCUUCAAAUUCAUCACAGGUUUCAUACUGGAGAGAAACCUUACAAAUGUACAGAUUGUGGCAGGUCUUUUGCCGAGGGGUCAUCUCUUAAAUACCACCACAGAAUGCAUACUGGAGAGAAACCCUACAGAUGUAACGAGUGUGGAAAGUCCUUUGCCAGACGAUCAAAUUUUGAAGCUCAUAGCAGAAUUCAUACUGGAGAUAGACCUUACAAAUGUACAGAUUGUGAAAAGUCCUUUACCAGGAACUCCUGUCUUCGAAAACAUCACAAAAUCCAUACUGGAGAGAAAGCUUACAAAUGUGAAGAAUGUGGAAAGGCUUUUACCCAGGGUUCAACUCUUAAAACCCACUACAGAAUUCAUACUGGAGAGAAACCUUACAAAUGUAAUGAAUGUGGCAAGUCUUUUGCUGAGGCCUCAACUCUUAAAACCCACCACAAAAUCCAUACUGGAGAGAAACCUUACAAAUGUAAAGAAUGUGGCAAGUCUUUUGCUGAGGCCUCAACUCUUAAAACCCACCACAGAAUCCAUACAGGAGAAAAACCUUACAAAUGUAAGGAAUGUGGCAAGUCUUUUACCAUGGCCUCAGGUCUUCAAAUUCAUCACAGAAUUCACACUGGAGAGAAACCUUACAAAUGCACAGAUUGUGGCAAGUCCUUUACCCAGCACUCACAUCUUCAAAGCCACUGCAGAAUCCAUACAGGAGAGAAACCUUACAAAUGCAAAGAAUGUGGCAAAUCUUUCGCUGAGGGCUCAUCUCUCCAAAAACAUCAUAGAAUCCACUCAUGAGAGAAUCUUUACAGAUGUAAAGAAUGUUCAAAAUUCAUUACUUGGUUCUCAAAUCUUAUAGAUCAUCCUGCAAUCCAUACUGGAAACAAAGUUUACAAAUGUAAAGAAUGUUUGAAAUCCAUUACCAAAAGCUGCAAAUUUAGAAUACAUUAUAAAAUUUAAGCAUGAGACAAAAGCAAGGGUAAUUACUGAUACACUGUUCACUCAAGAAAUAUUUUUUUUUAAAUAUGAAGAAUGGAUGGAAGUCUUUAACCACUCACAGUUCAACUCUUCAAUAUCAGAGUCACACCAGUAUAGUUAGCCCUAUACUGGUAUUGAAUUUGGAAACAUUUUCCAUUGUGGUGGUUUGAAUAUGCUUGGCCGAGGGAGUGACACUAUUAGGAGGUGUGGCCUUGUUCGAAUAGGUGUGGCCUUGCUGGUAGAAGUGCAUCACUGUAGUAGGAUUUGAGACCCUCCUACUAGUCAUGUGGGAGCCAGUCUUCUACUGUUUGCCUUCUGAACAAAAUGUAGAACUCUCGGGUCCUUCUGUGCCAUGCCUACCUGGAUGCUGCCAUGCUUUCUCCUUUGAUGAUUAUUCUUUGAACCUCUGAACCAAUAAGCCAGCUUUAAUUAAAUGUUGUCCUUUUUAGAGUUGCCUUGAUCAUGGUAUUUCUUCACAGCAGUUGAAACCCUAAGACACCCAAAAAGGCAUCUCCUAUUCACUCUGUUGGUUUUGACUGAAAAAGCAUGCACAGACAUCUAGGGAGUGACAUUAUUAGAUGGUGUGUCCUUGCUGGAGUAGGUGUGGUUUUGUUGAAAGAAGUAUGUCAUUGGGUUGGGCCUUGAGGUUUCAGAUGCUCAACCGAGGCCAACUGUCACUCUUUCUUCCUGCUGCCUGCUGAUCCAAAUGUGGAAAUCUCAGCUACCUGUCCAGCACCAUGUCUACCUGCAUGCCUCUGUGCUUGCCACCAUGAAGACAAUUUACAAAACCUCUGAACCUGUAAGUCAGCCUAAAUAAAAUAUUUUCCUUUAUAGGAGUUACUGUAGUUAUGAUGUCUCUCCGUAACAAAAGAAACCCUAAAUUAUAUAUUCACUAAGCAAUUUCUAUGAAAAUAAACUACAUAUGUACUAAUGUUUCAUACGGAAUUAUUGUGAAAUCAACUACGAGUAAUGGUAUAGAAUUCAUGUUACAUUUGACUAAGCUGGUAAUAAUUUAAAACAUAUGAACUUAUACCUGAGUAAGAUUUCUCAUAACCAACCAAAGUCAAAACUGUUGCGUAGUAUUUGUAUAUUUCAGUGGAACAUGAUAUUUUUAUUUAUAUGAUGAAAAGAUUACUCUUGAUACUAUUUGAGCUUUAAGUAUAUGUUACAGAUUGUUUAUAAGGUUAAAUUACCUUCUCUUUCUCAACUACAAAUAAAGAAAAAAGGAGCUUAUGUUCAUUUACUGCUGUCUUGGAAUAAUAAAUGCCUAUUUUAUACUGGAAA